UAAAGAGCUGGCCUUUUGUCAAGGCCAUUGACGUCAUUGUGCUUUAAAGUAAUUUUGUUACCAAACUGAGUGCAAGCAGUGUGCAGGUGCACAGCGGCAGAGAUGGACCACUCUGUCUUGACUUUAUUUGUUCUCCUCCUCAGCUGUACUUGUUUUGCUGUAGAGGAACCAGACACGGUCUUCUGCCCAAAACCCCAGGAACACUUUGAUGGCUCCUGCUAUGAGUUUGUUGGUCUGCAGCGUUCCUUCCUUAGUGCCCAAAGUUGGUGCGAGCGAGGAGGAGGACACAUAGCCUUCAUCUUGAACAGCGAGACGCAGCAGUUCCUUCAGAAGCACUUAAAUUCGGAGAAGGACUGGUGGCUUGGAUUGGCACCUGCUGCUCCAAAUCUCACUCUGGAUGCCAAUGAGGUUUCUCUGGCAUGGCUGGAUGGCUCAGAUGUCAGCUACGAUAACUGGGAGAAAAUACCUGAUCCACAAGCAACCUGUGGACAUAUCCUGAAACAGUCAGGCUUCCAGUGGGAAGCAUCAGACAACUGUAGCCAAGAACUUAACUUUGUCUGCCAGUUUGAUUCCGGGAGAUCUAUUGCAUGUGAAGGCCAGAAUGUCACAUUGCAGUGCGGCUCCGGUCAAGUCUUAGAGAUAGUUGACAGCUUCUAUGGUCGAAAAACAAUUCACUACUGUCGGACCAAACUCACUACCCCAGUCUUAACUCCUCAGGAGCAGUGCAGCUGGAUAGAUGUUAUGGCUUCUGUAAAGGCCAGUUGCCAUGGUCUGCAAGCGUGCCAAGCUAAUGGAAAGCCUUACAGUGAACCCUGUCCUCUCUUGGGAAGUUACUUGUCUGUGGAAUACCGCUGCAAAGAUGGACUCCACCUGCUGAUAAGUAAACUGGCGGCGGUGUUUGAUAAUGUCACUGUUACUGUCAAGUGGCUGCUGAAUCCCUAUGAGGGAAACCUUACAUGUGCUCUGAAUGCUGGAGAUGGACAUACAAUUGAUCCCUAUAGCCCAGAAGAGACUGAAAGCACAGUAAUGCACAUGUUCAAAAAACCUGGACUUUUUGUGGUCACGGUGGAGUGUUCCACCAGUGAUUGGCAUGUGACGGCUAAAAAGUCCAUAACAGUUCAGGAGCCUGUGGGUCAGUUUGGUGACAUCAAGUGCUAUAGCACCAACACGUCAGAAGGUGGCACUAACUGCACUUUGUUCUAUGGCGGAGGGCCUGUUGAAGUCCAGGUCACAGUAGAGGCAGGUACAAAUGUUACCUAUGUGCUUCAAUAUAAGGACAUUUUACUUGCAAACUCAUCGGCUGACCAAGGGAUCACGGCGCACAACAUUACGCUGAAUGCAAAUACAGUGGAAAAGCUGGGGCCUGGCUGUAACAACCUCACUUUGACCGCCUCCAACAAUGUCACAACCCAGACGGUGUCCACCGAGUUUCAGCUGUGUCUACUGGAGACGGUGGAGGGUCUGCAAGCCUCAGUGAUAGCAGAGGACGGCCAGUGUCCCGAUUCCACUGAUCUCAAUAUUAGUGUCUCACUGGAGCGAGGAGCCCCUGUGCGACUUCUCUUCACGCUGACUGCGGGCAAUGACAGUCACUCUGAGACUAGAGAGAUGCUCAAUGGAAGCUCACAAACGUAUACCUUUGGUAGCCCAGUGAAAGAAUUGUUCGGUUUAAAUGUGCAAGCUGUGAACGCCUUCUCAGCCUCUGAUUUUAAUGUGAGCCUGGAUAGAAUAUUCCUGGCUUGCAAGAACUACUCAGACGCUGGAAACCAGAAUGUUGGUGACUCUUACAACUUGAGAGUCAACACAUCUGUCGACUCCGUGGCCGACUACACCAACGACGUCACUCUCACGGUUCAUGGAGAUGCAUCAUUGCCCAGCAAAGGAAUUAAAUACAAGUGGAAUUGUAGAGGGGAUUGCAAAUGUAGAAACCAAACAAAUGAUGAAACUCAUGUGAUUGACAAACAAUGCCUUCCGAAUCCAUUCGAGAUGGCUGUGUACACUGUGACUGUGAAAAAAACAGCCUGGUUUAGGAAAUGGGUCAAACUGGCCUCCGCUUCAAAGUGCAUCACUGUUGUUCCAAAAGAAUUCCAAAAUGUCACCAUCAGCUGUGAUAACUGCAUUUCAAUUAAUGUGCGCCAAACUGUAAAGUUGAAACUGAACUGUGAGAAGCCAUGCCCAGAUGUGGAUUGGUACCUAGAGGAUCCAAAGCCAUUAAAGGGUGAAAAUAAAACCUGCUAUUCGCAAGAAGGAAGAAAGCCACUUAUAAAGGAGCAGGAAGGCAAAACUACAUUUCUUGUGAAAAGUCACCAGCUGACAUAUUCAAGGGAUAAUUUGCUUAACAUCACUGUUAUUGCUCAAGGAACAUCGGACUUAGGUUAUGCCAGGUACACACUGCCAAUACCAGAUCCAGAGCCAACAACUCAAGCCCCUGCUGACCCUCAGCCCCCAACUUGUAGCAUCUCUCCGCCAUCAGGGACUGUGCUUGAUGCGUUUGAUAUCACCUGCCAAGCAGGUUCCUUCUGUCCUUCAGGCUGUCUUUAUUGCUUCAAGACAGACACGGGCAAACAUCUGCGCUGCAGUAAUAUUGAAGGUGUGAAAUCUAUCUUAUUGCCCAUCGGAGACGAGAAGAACAAUUACGAUCUGUCCCUUGUGGUGACUGUGAAAAAUGAAGAUAAGGAAGUAACCACGACUGUCCACGCUCAGGUACGGAAAAGCAACACCAGUGCUUCUGUGGAUGCUCUCCAGUCAGUGCUAGAUGAUUCAGUCUCCCACCUGGAGGAGCAGGGACUUCUCUCUGGUGAGGCCUUCGGACAAAUCGUCACCUCAGUUGUCAAUGUGCUUAACACAGAGACUGAUGACGAUCAGAAGGACGCAAGGACGAAGCUUCGAGAGCAGAUGCUGAGCAAAAUGACCACAGUGUUGCAAGAUUCCCCCACCAACACCAGUCAGGGUGUGCAAGUGACAGCCAUGGCCGUAGUCGGACUCACGCAGCGCUCAGACGAGCUCAGUACCUCUGCCCAGGAAGAAGCAAGUUCAUUGCUGGUUGACCUUAGCUCCUCCCUCAACGCUAUCAGUAUUCAUCAAGAAGACAAGGACGAUGUAGAAGUUGUGGAAGGAGCUGCACCAAUAGUUGAAGCAGCCAGUAAUAUUCUGAACGCUUCGUCAAAUGAAAAAGUUUCCAACUUUCUUCUUACUGGGAUAAACAAUGUCCAGAAUGCUUUGCUGAAUCAUAAGAAGUUGAAUGGAGAUCCAAUCAUCAUUGACUCUAAUCAGAUCAGCGUAUAUGUCAAUAGAGUGUCUCCAGAAACCAUGUCUGAGCAGGACAUAAACAUCCAGAGGAGCAGUGCUUCUAGAUUUUCUUUCCCUUCUCUGCCUGCUGAUGUAGUCUCACCGGAAGAGCCAGUGGAUGUUAGAAUGAUGAGUUUUGAAAAGAACCCAUAUUCGUGGAAAGGGGGAAACAUUUCGGGAACUGUGGGAUCUGUCUCUCUUACAAGAAUGAACGGCUCCGUCAUCCCUGUUAAGAAUUUGCCUUCAGAGAUUGAGAUUCUCCUUCCCAGGCCAGAUGUACGACAGGAGAACAGUACAGUUCUGGACUUGGGAAAUUUUAGCACGAUUAUCAUUGAAAUUCCGUCCCCUGAUGUAACACUGGUGCUAAAAACUGAGCCCUCUGAAGACAUUUCCUUCAUGUUACUUCUUGGGUACAAGAAGUAUCCGACGAAUGAGGACUAUGUCGCUAAAAUUCAGAUGCCUCUCGAGAACGUAAAAGAAGAGGAAAAAUAUACCUGGGUCCUUAGUCCUCAAGAUAGGACAGGUGAUGUUGGUGUGCACUUCCUCGUCUUGAAGCCAAAAGUAGAGCCGGGCGUAAAGUCUGUUAACACCACUGUCAGUAUCAUAACCAUUGCAGCCCAGUGCAAGUACUGGGACGAUAUUGAGUCUUCUUGGAGUGAAAAUGGCUGCCGGGUAAGUGGUAAACCAUCUUUUGCCUUUUUGAGUUAUGAAAAGCAUCAUCCGCAUUGUUUUUUUCCCGCUUCAUUCUUCCCACAGGUUGGCCCACUCACCACGCCUUUGGUCACUCAGUGUCUGUGUAACCACUUAACUUUCUUUGGCAGCUCUUUUUUUGUCAUGCCAAACCUAGUAGAUGUAUCCCGCACCGCAGAACUUUUUGCCACUUUUGCUAACAACCCUGUGGUGGUGUGUUUUGUGGGGGCAAUCUUCUUUGCUUAUCUCCUCGUGGUUGUCUGGGCUCGAAGAAAAGACAUUCAGGACACAGCUAAGGUCAAGAUUACAGUGCUUGAAGAUAAUGACCCUUUGGCAGAGUACUGCUAUAUGGUGACAGUUAGUACGGGGCAUCGUCAUGGCGCAGCCACCUCCUCUCAGGUGACAUUAACCUUGCUGGGAACGGAAGGAGAAAGUGAGCCCCACCAUCUGACUGAUCUUGAGAAACCUUUGUUUGAGAGGGGCGGAGAGGACAUAUUUCUCUUGACCACACACUUUUCUCUUGGAGAGCUGCAGGGCAUCAGGUUGUGGCAUGACAACUCGGGCACCCACCCUGCAUGGUAUGUCAACAAAGUAACAGUGCAAGAUCUGGAUGGUGGCCAGAAAUGGCACUUUCUUUGUAACUCCUGGCUUGCUGUCGACGUGGGAGAGUGCACCCUUGACAAGGUCUUCCCAGUGGCUACAGAGGAGGACCUGAAGAGAUUUAGCAAUCUGUUUUUCAUGAAGACAGCUAAGGAUUUCCGUGAUGGACACAUCUGGUUCUCUGUCAUAAGUCGACCUCCAUGCAGCACUUUUACCCGUGUGCAGCGAGUUUCUUGCUGCUUUUCCCUGUUGCUGUGCACCAUGCUGACUAGCAUCAUGUUUUGGGGUGUUCCUACAGAUCCCUCGGAACAGACCAUGGACCUGGGUCACAUUGAGUUCACCUGGCAGCAGGUUAUGAUUGGCUUUCAGAGUUCCAUCAUCAUGUUUCCCAUCAAUCUACUCAUUGUGAGCAUCUUCAGAAACACUCGUCCUCGGGAAAAGGUCAUGAAAUCAGACAAGACUAAGCAGGGGAAGACAGUUCGAGUGUCCCCGUCACAGACCUCUUCCCCUCUGAAAGAACAGAAGGACAUCACACCAGACACUGUGAUGAAGGACAUAAAGAGAAUUGCCCAGUCACUGUCAAAGGCCAUGAAGAGUCCUCUGCCUCAUAUUGAGCUACGACCUGGUCAACAGACCGAUAUCAACACCUUGCUGUCACUGGUGGAAGACAUCAUAAGACAGCAAAAUCGAUCCUCCUGUGACUUCUACACUGAUACCGCCAAAAGAGAACGCUCCAUCCUCAGUCUAGGUGCAGUUGACCUUCAAGAAAAGAGUGUAUGGGGCAGCCCAGAGAAAACCUCAGAUGGGGUUCAGAAGAAGAGCAACAACACCAGGUAUCUGUACAGGCAGCUGCGUCAUGUUGAGAAGAAGCUUGGUUUCCUGGGAUCUUCUCGAUUCCCAAACCCAGAGAGCUACAACAAAGCCAUGCAUCAAGUUCAGGGAAUGAAGAACCUUCUGGAGUUCCACCUCCCGUCACCAUCCCUAGAUGGAGAACAGUCGGAUCGCAGUCCCAGUCCAGAAGAGAGAGGAGAAAACGGAGCAGGUGCUAAAAAAUGUUGUCAGAGUGGGUUGCCAUGGUGGUUUGUCUUUGUGGGCUGGAUGUUGGUGAUCGCAACUAGCGGUGUGUCAGGAUACUUCACCAUGAUGUACGGACUGACUUAUGGGAAAGAUCGCUCUAUAAACUGGUUAAUCUCCAUGGUGGUGUCUUUUUUUGAGAGCUUGUUCAUCACGCAACCUCUUAAGGUUCUUGGCUUUGCUGCUUUCUUUGCUCUUGUCCUGAAGAAGGUGGACCAGGAAGAAUAUGGAGACCCUCAGUUUGACGAUAGCCUCAAAAAUCAUGAUGAUCCUGAUGCUGUGCGAGCAGCACGAAGAGACAGCACAUGCAGUUUCUACCAACCACCGCCUCCAACUGACAUUGAGAGGAUGAGGAACAACAUGAUUAAAGAGCAGAAAGUAUUUGCUCUCAUUCGGGAAAUUCUUGCCUAUAUGGGGUUUAUGUGGAUGUUGCUCCUGGUGGCAUAUGGCCAGAGGGAUCCCAAUGCUUACUUCCUGACCCAGCACAUUCGCCAGAGCUUUAGCAAAGGCACCGCAGACACUAUGAGUAUUCAAGAUGUGUUCAACUGGGCAAACACUACCGUUCUGAGCAGCUUGUUUGGAGAUUACCCAGGCUUCAUCACAGAUGGAAACUCAAAACUAGUGGGUAAUGCCCGUCUUCGCCAAAUGAGGGUAAAGAACAACUCUUGUCACGUGGCUCGCCGCUUGCAACAGGCAGUGCCUGAAUGUCAUGCUCUGUACUCAUGGGAGAUGGAGGACAUGGGCUCCUAUGUCCCAGGCUGGAAGUAUUCUAAAGCUGAUAAUACAUCUGAGAACCUCCACAGCCCCUGGAAGUAUCAGUCUCAGGGUAAACUGAGGGCCUCUUCAAUCUGGGGAAGCAUGAUGCUCUAUAGAGGAGGAGGCUUUGUGGUAGAACUUGGACCAGAUUUACAUAACUCCACCAGAUCCCUUCGAUAUCUUUAUGAAAACCGUUGGUUGGAUAAGUACACCCAAGCCAUCUUUGUUGAGUUCACAGUGUACAACGCCAACGUCAACCUCUUCUGCAUAAUCACACUCAUGCUGGAGACUACAGCCAUAGGGGCUUUCCAGUAUAGCAGUGAGCUCCAAAAUGUUCGUCUCUACCAAUCAACUGGUGGCCUGCACAUCUUUGUCAUGGCCUCUGAAGUCAUUUACUUCCUCUUCAUCCUAUAUUACAUGUUUGUUCAGGCAAAGCUUAUGAAGCAGCAGAGAUGGACCUACUUCAAGAGUAAAUUGAACCUGCUUGAGCUGGCGAUCAUCAUUCUCAGCUGGAGUGCACUGUCCGUCUUUAUCAAGAGGACACUGCUUGGGAAGCGGGACAUGGAAUACUACCAGAACAACAAAGACCAAUACGCCAGUUUUCAUGAGACAGCCAAGGCUGAUGCAGUGCUAGGCUAUCUGAUUGCCUUCCUGGUGCUGCUGGCUACAAUCAAACUGUGGCACCUGCUGAGACUUAACCCCAAGCUGCACAUGAUCACAGCGACGCUCCAGCGAGCCUGGACAGAUAUCUCCGGCUUCCUGGUGGUCAUGACCAUCAUGUUUCUGGCCUACUCCAUCGCUUCUAAUCUGAUGUAUGGCUGGAAGCUGUACUCUUAUCGCACUCUUUUCGAUGCUGCUCAGACCAUGGUUAGCCUUCAGCUGGGCAUUUUUAACUAUGAUGAGGUUCUGAAUUACAACCCAGUACUGGGUGCCUUCCUCAUUGGCUCCUGCAUUGUGUUCAUGACGUUUGUGGUGCUCAACCUCUUUAUCUCUGUCAUCCUUGUGGCCUUCAGCCAAGAGCAGAUGCAUCACAAGCCAUCAGAGGAGGAGGAGAUAGUGGACCUGAUGAUGAUGAAAGUUUGCAGUUUAUUCGGAAUCAAAUGUAAGAAGCCUGGUGAUAACAGCUUUUCUGACAAGGCUGGAAUUUCAUCUACUCCAAAUAACAGGAUCUCAAUAAUUUCUCCGGGGAGCGUUGAUAAGGAUUCAUAUGUUCCACUUUAGUCAAAGUUAUAAAAACAAACGUGCUUUGGGCUUUGUUGUUGCUUGCUUGUUUCAUUCUUCUACUGUGCUGUUGACUGCAUAAAGGCCUACAAGUAUGUGCAUUGUUUUAAUCUAUUUCGUCUUUGCUCUAUGUAUGUCUCUCUACUCUACGUAUAUAUUGUAGGAGAAGAUGAAACAGUUAAUGUAGGGACUAGGAUGCAUGGUAUACACAAAGCACUACAUUUAUGCUGCUGAAUAUCUAAUGUCUUGGUUGAUGUACAAUAGAUUAUAUUGAGCAAAAUAAUAGUAUUUGCAUAAAAGGGGGCCUAUGAUAAUUCUAAUCUACGUUCAACACUCUUCUUUGUGGUCUAGAUAAUAUGCAUUCAAUAUGCUUCGGUGUAAAUUCUGUUCCAGAGUCCCAUUUUCACCCGUUUUCUGCCAAUAGUUUGCAUGUAAAGGUGUUUCCAGUUUCCAAAAGUUUCAGAAUUAAUCUUUUUAAAAUGUAAACUUUUAAACCACUUUUUGUUUUCAGUUGCAACAAGAUAUCGACUCCCGGAUUGAUUCAUAUAAAAAAGAUGCUUUCACCAGCAUUUAGCGCACUGCAUGUCACACAUUGGUGUUACUGUGCGCAUGCCAAAAUUAAAAGAAAAUAAUACUUUAUCCUACCUUUUCUUUUGUUUUUCCUUGAAUCAAGUAAAACGCAAUGGCGCCGUCUUUUUCAUCUGAGUUUAGCGGCAAAUCCAACUUGUACUUAUGGAUUUAUGUUGACAAAACAGUUCCGCUUGAAAUGUGUGGACAAAUAAACACGGAAGUAUUUGUUUUACAUACAUCAGAGCAGGUGGGAUAGCAUGAAAUGAGAAGGAAUGACACGGCAUACUGCAGGCAUUGGCACUAUAGAGCAGAGCAGAGAGGGGGGGCCUGUCAGAAAGCAUGGACUAAAAAAAAACAAAAAACACAUUUGUAUGUCCAACAACCUGUGAUGUCACAGAUGGCCAACUGUUUGAAAAAAGACUGCAAAAUACUGCAUUCAGGGAUAUCCAAAACUGCAUGCACGCUCAAGCCUAAAAGCAUAAACUUUAGAAUUUGACAUUUUGGCAUUGUUUGACAUAAAUAACCAACAUUUUAACAACAUUUAUAUGCCAGAAAAAAGGAAAAUCAUUAUUUAGAUUAGUGUGACCCUUGAAAAUUAUAUUGUUUUUCAAUAAAACAAUGCAACUUUUUCACACAUAUUCAUAUACAAAAUUAUAAUACAAUAUAAUCACAAUUAUAAUGUAUGUAGUAUAUAAUGUAUAGCUGCUAAAGUGUUGAACGUAUCUUACAUCACAGAGUAAUUGGUAUUUAGCUAUGGCCCAACAGUGCAUAUUAGCUAAAUUGUGUAACAUGAACAAAAUGAAUAUAUUCAAGCUUCCAUCAACAAAAGUCUUCUGAUUGUACCCUAAAAAUACAGAGUAAUGUGUGUACUUGAGCUAUACAUUUGGAAAGUUAAAAAACGUGAGUUAUUGGUUUCGUACAUGUUGAUUUAAGAACAUGAAGCAUGAACAGGUUGUUGUCAAUCAAUGGAUCAGGAAAAAUUUCAAACAGCUAUCAACAUGCACAACUGGCUACUCAUUAGAGCAGCGGUCCCCAAACUACGGCCCGCCAGCGUCUAAAAUUCGGCCCACGGGAAGUCCCAAGUAAAAAUAAAUAAAAAAUAUUAUUCCUUAAAAAUGUCCUUUCUAAUCCAUUUUCUACCACUUGUUAUUCUCAGUGUCUCCUAGCCGUUCAGACAAACAUAUUGUCAAAAAUGCAUUUUCCCUUCGAUAAAGUGACAUCAUCGCGCUCGGAAUAGAUAUAUAUAUAUAUAUAUAUAUAUAUAUAUAUAUAUAUAUAUAUAUAUAUAUAUAUAUAUUAGGGUUGUGGGAAAAAAUCCAUUCGACUACGAAUCAAAUCGAAUACGUUGUGCGAUUCAGAAUCGAUUCUCAUUUUUUUUUAAAUUUAUAUUUUUAUUUAUUUUUUUAUUUUAUCAAUCCAACAAACCAUUACACAGCAAUACUAUAACAAUGCAAUCCAAUUCCAAAACCAAACCUGACCCAACAACACUCAGAACUGCAAUAAACAGAGCAAUUGAGAGGAGACACAAACACGACACAGAACAAACCAAAAGUAGUGAAACAAAAAUGAAUAUUAUCAACAACAGUAUCAAUAUUAGUUAUAAUUUCAGCAUAGCAGUGAUUAAAAAUCCCUCAUUUAAAUUAUCAUUAGACAUUUAUAAAAAAAAAUUAAUAAAAAGAACAAUAGUGUCACAGUGGCUUACACUUGCAUCGCAUAUUAUAAGCUUGACAACACACCGUGUCCAAUGUUUUCACAAAAAUAAAAUAAGUCAUAUUUUUGGUUUGUUUAAUAGUUUAAAAAAAAAUACAUGAUUGCAAUCAGUUGAUAAAACAUUGUCCUUUACAAUUAUAAAAGCUUUUAAAAAAAAAAUCUACUACUCUGCUAACAUGUCAGCAGACUGGGGUAGAUCCUGCUGAAAUCCUAUGUAUUGAAUGAAUACAGAAUCGUUUUGAAUCGAAAAAGGAAGUUUGGGGACCCCUGCAUUAGAGGAUAAAUACAACCUCAAAGGAAAAUGUAAAUUUAAAACAUCCUGAUCCCUACCCAGCACUACAAAAUGUUUUAGUAUGUAUCAAAAAGUAAAAUGUUUGACCAAAUUGACCAAGGAACUCAAGUAUGUACCAACAUCAGCCAGUUUGAGAAAUAGUACAAGGAGAGCAAGAUAAAGUAAUUAAUAAGGAAUUAUUUAUUAUAUAUUCUGUUUAUGUAUUCUCUGUACAAUGUUUUCUGUCAUUUUGUAUUCCUGUAUUUAUUAAUCAUUAUUGACUAAGAUACAUUAUGUAAUGCGUUAUUUACUGAACGAACAUGUCAAGCACAGGAAUUGAGCAGACUCUAUAAGAUCUACAGCACGUAGAAAUAUACAAGUGUAUACAUGCAGCUCGAUGUCAGUUUUUGUAAUGUUAAGCUUGUUCAAAAUAAACAGAACCAUUCCAAUUA